UACUUAUAAAGACUGGUGUAGUCCGGUGCCCUGUGAGGGGGCCUUUCAGGAAGCAAAACACUGGCCCCGUGCCACUGUGUAUCUAGGACAAAGUUGGGAGGCGGGGCCAGCUGGGGAAAUGUAGUCGGAAGAGAGGCAUCGUCCUUGUAUCUAAUUCUGCCCGUACACGACGAGUGAAACCAGCUAUUAAAAGUCAACGUUGGUUGUGAGAGCCGUUAAACUGUGGCUGUGUAGCUCGCCAAAUCCACGCGGGUCAACGGUUAAUGUGAGGUGUGGUUUUUGGCACCGCUAUCAGGACUGGAAAUACGUGACACCCGCUCCAUAACAAAGAAAUCCAAUGACGUCUUCGAAAAUAUCCACGUCUGUGUGCUUAUGGGAACAAGGAGGUCAGAACCGGCGAAUCUAGCGCUGCCGCUUACCAGCUAAACCACGAGCCCCAGAGCCAUUUUGAGAAUGCUCCCGAGGCUCGCUGCCUCCCUACAGCGGCCCACUGCUGCUCCCCUCGCCACCGCAAUACGAUGCGUCUCCUCGGGCACAGUGGACAUCACCGACCCGCUGAACUUCUGGGCUGGGAAGAGAUGGCCGAGCCAAGAGAAGUGCAACAAGGAAAAGGUUUACGAACCUGCAACAGGGCGAGUCUUGUGCCAUUUGGAGCCGUGUGGUGCUGUGGAGAUCGAAGAGGCUGUGACAGCUGCCAAGUCGGCCUUUAGCUAUUGGAGCAAAAUGUCUGGCAUGGAGAGGGCGAGGAUCAUGAUAGAAGCUGCCCUUAUCAUUGAGAGCAGGAGAGAGGAGAUAGCUGAAAUGGAGGUGGUCAACAAUGGCAAGUCCAUCACAGAAGCCCGUCUGGAUGUGGACUCUGCCAGACUGUGUAUAGAGUACUAUGCAGGGCUGGCCAGCACUCUGGCAGGCCAGCAUGUCCAGUUGCCGGGGGGAUCCUUCGCCUACACCCGCAGGGAGCCUCUGGGAGUCUGUGUCGGCAUCGGUGCCUGGAAUUAUCCUUUCCAGAUAGCUGCGUGGAAAUCAGCUCCAGCCCUGGCCUGUGGCAACGCCAUGGUGUUCAAGCCGUCGCCGGUGACGCCUGUGACAGCGGUCAUUCUGGCAGAGAUCUACGCUGAGGCUGGAGCUCCAGAGGGGCUGGUCAACGUGGUGCAGGGCGGCCAGGAGACCGGCAGUUUACUCUGUCACCAUCCUGACAUUGCUAAGGUGUCCUUCACUGGCAGUGUGCCCACAGGCAAGAAGAUUAUGGAGAUGGCCUCCAAGGGGGUGAAGCCCGUGACUCUGGAGCUUGGGGGAAAAUCUCCUCUGCUCAUCUUUCAGGACAGCGAUCUGGAGAACGCUGUGAGAGGAGCUCUCAUGGCCAACUUCCUGUCUCAAGGCCAGGUCUGCAGCAACGGCACAAGGGUUUUUGUUCAGAAGGAUAUUCUGCCUGAGUUUGUGGAGGAGGUGGUGAAGAGGACACAGGCCAUCGAGAUAGGAGACCCGCUGUUGGAGAGCACCCGAAUGGGAGCACUGGUCAGCCAGCCACACCUGGAAAAAGUCCUGUCCUUUGUUGAUCAGGCGAAGAAGGAGGGAGCGACGGUGUUGUGUGGAGGUGAACGUUUUGUCCCGUCAGAUCCCAAACUCAAAGGUGGAUACUACAUGACUCCCUGUGUACUGGGUGACUGCACAGAUGAGAUGACCUGUGUGAAGGAGGAGAUCUUCGGUCCUGUCAUGUCUGUGUUGUCGUUUGAAACAGAAGAGGAGGUGCUGCUGAGAGCCAACAACACAGACCUGGGCCUGGCUGCAGGAGUUUUCACUAGGGACGUGAGGCGAGCCCAUCGUGUGGUGGAAAACCUCAAAGCUGGUUCCUGCUUCAUCAACAACUACAACAUCACUCCUGUGGAGGUGCCCUUUGGAGGGUUCAAAAUGUCAGGCAUAGGGCGGGAGAACGGUCAGGUGACACUUGAAUACUACUCUCAGCUGAAGACUGUGUUUGUGGAGAUGGGAGACGUGGACAGCCUCUUCUAGGACAUGCAUAAAAAGGUGGAGCUGUGACAGUGACCCAGAGACUGAAACAGAUGAUGUGAACCAGAACAGCACUUCAGGGAAAAACCAUCAAAUGCUUAAGUGCAGAGGAAGAAGCCUGGAUCAAGGGAGCUCAAGUCCGUCCUGAAAAUGAGCCAUGAUUUUUUCUAAUAUUUUCAGAAUGUGAGGGAAAUGUAAUUCUGAGGCAGUCAGCCAUGGGAAUAUGGAACUGCAAAAAUUUGUCUUAAAUCUGAAACACCUUGUAGUUUGUGUGAAGUUGAUCAAGUUAAAGAUUGUUCUCAGUAUUUACUGAACUUUGAUUUCAACAUCUAGAGCAUUAAUGAGUCAUAAUGUGAUAUAUAUGAUUUGCACUAUGUUUUGUUGCUUAAUAUGUUCAUGUCCUGUGUCAUCGAGGUACAGAAUAACUUUUUUACAGAGUUGUACUUAAGAACAAAAAUGUUUACAAGUCUAGCUUUAUUUCUUGAACAAUACACAUCUGUAUAUUUUUAUACACACAAAAUACUAAAAAAUGAAGCACAUUGAACACAGUGUUUAAAUUACAGCUGCGACAAUACGAUUGUGCCUUGUCUGUAGAGAUAAUUAUGUAAAGAACCUGUCUAAUACAUUUUCAUAUCAAAUAAAU